ACUGCGGGCCUGCUUGCUGCCUAUCUCGCUGCCCGUAGCAUCUUAACUCUCUCAAGAGAUUUGAGAAUCUAUAUUUGCUUUUGGCCUUUAGCCUUUAGCUUAUACUAGGUAUCCUUUACCGCACGACAAUGUCUGGUGUCGGGACAACCCAGAGCGCUAUGGCGGUUGGAUUUUCCUUCCCGAUCAUCGAUGGAAUAUUCGUCUGUCUGCGAUUUUACACUCGCCGGCAGCAGAGGGCACGAUGCCAGCUUGAUGAUUGGCUUUGCAUUCCAGCGUGGUUUUUUCUAACCGGGUGUUGCGCUUCGCUGCUGACAGGAGUCUUCAAGGGUGCUUUUGAUGAAGUGCCUCUUGAUCCUGCCAAAGCAGCAAAUCAGGAACAUAUCCUAGCUCAGGUCACAGCUGCUCUCGUCAUCCUCUGGAUGGCUACAAACUUCCUCAUUAAACUGAUCAUGCUGUUAUUCUAUCGUCGGAUCUUCGUCGGCCGAAUCUUCAACGUAUGUAACUGGGCUCUCAUAGCACUCUCUUGUAUCUGGUUUGUCUUUGCGGUAGCCUCGUGGCUGUUUUAUUGCGGUACACACUUCAAAGAGGAUGUCGAGGGCCCCUGGGAUGUGUGCCCGCAAUGGGGGUUCGUGAUUCAAAUGGGAGUGUUCGCACUAGACAGCUUCAUCGAUUUUUGCUUGGUAGUGUUGCCCAUACCAUUCGUAUGGGGCCUCCAACUCGACCUCAAGCGCAAAAUAGCCGUGACGAUUGUGUUCAUUGUUGGAGGCUUUGCAUUCGUUGCCGGCCUGAACAAUACUAUCAUCCAGCUUGUCUCUCUUACCGAACCGGAACUUCUUACCGCUACUGGUGGCGGGUCUAACUUUUUUCAAGGAUCCUCUCUCCUGUUUUCCAACUGGCCUGCUAUUGAGAUUGGCGUCGGCUUGCUUGCAUCUAAUCUUCCGCACCUCUCCUUCCGAGUGGGCCACGCUCUCAAGAACAGCCUGCCACACGCAUUGCGCAUACCGUUCGAGUCAAUUCGCCAUGCAGCAGGAGCGCUUUCUUCAUCCUCCCUCCACCAGCGUCGGGAGAAGCGAAGUGGGCGCCUCUCUGAGUACCCAGGCAGCCAGCAGACUUUAUGGCUAGGCCGAGGAGCACCGGGGAAUGCAGAAAUUAUGGAGGGAACGAAGGGGGUAGAGCAGAUCUCCGAGCGAAGCUUGGAGAUCUACGAGAUGAGAGACUUGAGCGUGAACGUGACGAGUAAUGGGACAUAGUGAAGGCACCUCACUACGUUGCUUUUCCAAUUUGGCCCUAUGAAAACCUAGUAAAUUACUUGGCAAUCUGAUAAGAAUAGAAAGAACCGACGGGUU